AUGUCUGGACACCACGACCCCAAGCUACUAUACACGAUCGCCAAUGUCAAGGCAUACCACAUCCAGGGUGGGGAAGAGCAGGACUUGACCCCGAGCGGCCCUCAGACCCUGUCUCUGUUGAUGGUGCCCACCUCGUCGCCCUUCUCAGACCUGUCGUCGACCAUCCCGCAGAAUGAGAUUCCUGAGAACGACUUCUACCUGCACCUCAACCUGCCCCCGGAGCUGGACUUGCCUAUGCCAGCCACCACUCAAGUCUACCAUCAGCCUCCCCACUCAUACCUGAUCCCUCGCUGGGACCUGGGUGCCGACAGCGGCAUCUUCACUCGCAUCACCUUCGACAAGAACAUUUCACCAGAGGAUCACGAUACCUUCGAGACCAUUCUGGCACAAUGCACCGCUUUCCUAGAACGCGCUGCCCCACCCAAGCCCUCUCGUCCCCUGGAACAAUACGACCCAAGAGACUAUGCUCCUGGUGGCAGGUACCACGAUGCCAAGGGCUCUGCACACGGCCAGGUUGUUCUUGUUGACGAAGACAAUGGCAGCGUCAUUGGCGAGCUGGCUGGUGAUGCACACAUUGUCGAAGACUCGUCCCUUAACCAGGGAACAAAGAAUCCUGUCGAAAUCGAAAUCUCUGCUGAUGGGAAACGUAUCAGCGUCAAGCCAAUCAGCGAGGACUACCUGCAAAUGGCCCGUCAUCCUGCUUACAAAGAUAGCGGCAUGGUCCAGCAUGCUGCAACUGCCUCCCGCUUCAUCGUCACCUCGAGCAGCCGUCUUGGUAAUAUCCUGACUGCUGGCGCUGAGAAUUUUACCCAGAAAGUCAAGCCUGCUGCUAAGCCCAUGGAAUUCAGCCCUGCUGCUCACGAGCGUGUCCGCAAGAUCAACGCCUUUACCAACAGUGCCGCUGGCUUGUCUGCAAAGACUGUCGGUCAGGCAUCCAAGUACGCUCAAAACCUUGGUGCUAGAUUUGGCGGCAAGAAUGAGGAACGCUACAAGAAGGGCUUCGACGCCAACGGCAAGCCCCUCUCCCAAGACCAGUAUAAGCCCGGUCUUCUCAACAGAAGCAUGAUCGCCUUCUCCACUAUUGCCGACGGUAUUGCUACCAGCGGUAAGCACCUGCUCGAACAGAGUGGUUCUGCUGCAACAACCGUCGUCGGUCACCGAUAUGGCGCAGAAGCCGGAUCAAUCACUUCCAGCCUCGCUGGUGGUGUCAAGAACGUCGGUCUUGUCUACAUUGAUGUAACUGGUGUCUCUCGCCGCGCAGUCCUCAAGUCAGUCGCCAAGGGAAUGGUCGUAGGCAAAGUGCGCAACGGAGGCCAGGUAAUUGUUGGCGGCGGAGAUGGCGGUGUUGUCGAAGAUGAGGACAUGAGAAAAGCUGGUCUCAAGAGUGAUGGACAAGCUGCUCAAGGCCCUGGCUAUGGCAACGUUGGCAGCGUCGAAGGAUACGGCAUGCAAAGCGGCCCACCAGCCUACGAAUCCGGCGUUGGAGAGUCGCUUGCCGGUCAACCUGCACCGCAACGCGAUGCCAAGGGUAAAUACGCAUGA